AUGGCGGUGGUCAUCCGUUUACAGGGGCUCAGAAUCACUGCAGGUUCUGAGGACAUUCGCAAGUUCUUCACUGGCCUCAAAAUCCCAGAUGGUGGGGUGCACAUUAUUGGUGGGGAGCGUGAGGAGGCUUUCAUAAUUUUUGCUUCCGAUGAAGACGCGAGGCGGGCAAUGACCCGUUCGGGGGGAUCCAUCAAAGGUUCUCCGGUUCGCUUACGGCUGAGCAGCAAGUCAGAAAUGCAGGCUGUUCUCAAGGAAAGUAUAAAACCUGAGGUGACCAAAAAGAGGUCGUCCAAGGAAGGUUUCAGAAGACCGGAAAGAGAAGGCAGGAAUGAGAAACCUCGAAAAAAAGACAAUGUGGAGAUGGGCAGUAGAUCAGUGUCGUACAGUGACACACGUAGUCUGGGCCGAAAGCCUUCCUCACAGCCAAGCAGUCAAAAUGACUUGUAUUUGCUUAUGCAAGGCAUGCCGUUCACUACGACCGAAGAGAAUGUGAGAAAAUUCUUUGACGGAUUAGUGGUGGAGGACAUUAUUAUGAUGAAAAAUGACAGCGGGCAACAAAAUGGGAAAGGAAUUGUCAAGUUCAAAACCAGACUGGAUGCUAGAGAGGGUCUGAAAAGGGAUCGGCAUUACAUUGGAACCAGGUUUGUGGAAGUCUAUGCAUGCUCAGAAGAGCAGUGGUUUGAGGCAGGUGGUGGUAUGGAACCUGGUAAAGACAGCAGUGGUACGUUUAGAAGAGGUCCAUCCUCAGCUCACACUCUGAGGUAUCCUCCAGACCGUGCCAGGUCUCGCUCACCAGUAGCCUACAGGUCAACAAAGUCCUCUUCUCCUCCCAAUGAGGAGUUCUGUGUCUUGGUGGAAAACCUCCCCUACUUAGUGGAGAAGAGAGACAUAAAGGAGCUCUUCCAUCCUGCAGACCUCAAGUAUGACCAGAUCCUUCACCUUCAUGACAGCUAUGGGAAAAAGACUAGGUCCAUAUUUGUGCUUUUCAGAAGCCUGAGGGACUACUGUGCUGCCUUGACUCUUCACAAGCAGGAAUUUCUCAACCGAUAUGUGUACAUAUCUCCUAUUUCAAAAGAGAAAAUGGUCGCCAUUCUAGAAUCUGGGGAAAAUCCAAGGGAUGUGGCACCACCCUCUGAAAGGUCUUACAGCAGAUCUCAGGAAAGGCUUCCAAGAGAGACCGAGAAGGACUCGAAUGAAUCUGAGAAGAUUUGCCUCUAUGUGCGCAAUCUGCCUUUUGACGUGCGCAAAGUUGAGAUUGUGGACUUCUUCCUUGGCUUCAGGAUCUCGGAGGAGACUGUUGUUUUGCUGCGUGACCAUAACGGCAAUGGACUUGGAGAGGCUUUGGUGAUCUUUCAGACUGAGGAGGAGGCUAUGAGGGCACAGUCUCUGAAUGGACAAGGGUUUCUUGGAGCAAACGUCAUCCUGAAAUGCAUUUCUCUGGCUCAGAUGCGUGAGUUUGGUGUUGGUGAACCUGCAGUGACAGAGCAGCAGAUGAUACCAAGGGAGAGAAGCUCAGAGAGGUACUCGGCCAGGAAGAGUGAAGCGAUGUCCCAUCUGUACACUGAUUACAGUGUCACCCCUGAUAUAGGCCAUCUUCCUAUGGAUGACCGGCAGGUUCAUAUUCAUGGAGGCAGCAGUCUGGGUCUGGGUCAGGAUUCUCACAUGAUGGAAAUCCCUGUUCUGCUUAAUAACCGGGGCAAUGGAUCUGCUCAUGGGCAUGGAGACUAUGGACCUUCUGCCCCCCAGCAGUUUGAUGGUCCAACGUGCCUGAGACUGGUUAAUCUGCCUUCGACUAUCAGAAUUGACGAAAUCUAUGACUUUUGCUAUGGAUAUCGUGUAAUUCCUGGAUCCGUCUCAUUGCAGUACGACAACAAAGGGAUCCCCAAAGGCUCAGCAACGGUUGUUUUUGAAUCUCGCUUGGAGGCGUUAACGGCAGUUGAGGAAUUGAGUGGAAGACCAAUAGGCAGCAGAAAAGUCAAACUAGUUUUUGUGUGA